GGGGAGGGAUGUAGGCCGUGUCCCGGCCUGUUGGGGUCCGGUCGGGCGGGGAUGGGGCGGCCCGCCUGGCUGCGGAGGCCUUUCCUGGGGCCGGGGGCGUCCUAACGCAGGGCCAAGGCUGGUCCUUGUCCCCGCGCCGCCGUAACCAGCCGGACUGUGGAGGGAGGCGUUCGGGACGCCCUCCAGGGGAUCCCCGGCCCCGCUUCUGUCCCGAGGAGCGGUUUGUUCUUCCUCAUCUCAGCACCACCCUCAGUCCAUACCCCCCGGUGCGAUCGCCGUGCUCGGCCGGCGCCGCAACCCGGUCGGCUGCACUGCAGAGCUGCCCAAUGGCGUGAUGAAUCCGUGCUGCCGUCGCUUUGUGUUUCAAAGAUAAGAAUCCACGCUUAUCGGACCUGAACCAAUGAAAGAAGCUUAUGGCACUUACGAAGAUAAAUGUCACUGCUCCCUUUUUAACUGGAGCAUCUGCUUAGGACCUGUAUAUGACAUUUCACCUGUGAUCUGUUCUUUCAGGAGCCACUGACUUUGAGUUGCAGGAAGGUCUCUGAAGAUUUAUAUCAAAUGACGUCAAUGGCCAGCUUGUUUUCUUUUACUAGUCCAGCAGUAAAACGAUUGUUGGGCUGGAAGCAAGGGGAUGAAGAGGAGAAAUGGGCAGAAAAGGCAGUCGAUGCUUUGGUGAAAAAGCUAAAGAAGAAAAAGGGUGCCAUGGAGGAACUGGAGAAAGCUUUGAGCAGUCCGGGACAGCCGAGCAAGUGUGUCACUAUUCCCAGAUCUUUAGAUGGACGCCUGCAGGUUUCUCACAGAAAAGGCUUACCCCACGUUAUAUAUUGUCGCGUUUGGCGCUGGCCUGAUUUGCAGAGUCACCAUGAGCUAAAACCAUUGGAUAUUUGUGAAUUUCCUUUUGGAUCUAAGCAGAAAGAAGUUUGUAUCAACCCUUACCACUAUAAGAGAGUGGAGAGUCCAGUCUUACCUCCCGUGUUAGUGCCUCGUCAUAAUGAAUUCAAUCCACAGCACAGCCUUCUGGUUCAGUUUAGGAACCUGAGCCACAAUGAACCACACAUGCCACAAAAUGCAACUUUUCCAGAUUCUUUCCACCAGCCCAACAACACUCCUUUCCCCUUAUCUCCAAAUAGCCCCUAUCCCCCGUCCCCUGCUAGCAGCACGUACCCCAACUCCCCAGCAAGUUCUGGACCAGGAAGUCCAUUUCAGCUCCCAGCUGAUACUCCUCCUCCUGCCUAUAUGCCACCAGAUGAUCAGAUGGGUCAAGACAAUUCUCAGCCCAUGGAUACAAGCAAUAAUAUGAUUCCUCAGAUUAUGCCCAGUAUAUCCAGCAGAGAUGUUCAGCCUGUUGCCUAUGAAGAGCCCAAACAUUGGUGUUCAAUUGUUUACUAUGAAUUAAACAAUCGUGUUGGGGAAGCUUUUCAUGCAUCUUCUACUAGUGUGUUAGUAGAUGGAUUUACAGACCCUUCAAAUAACAAAAGUAGAUUCUGCUUGGGGUUGUUGUCAAACGUUAAUCGUAAUUCGACAAUUGAAAACACUAGGCGACAUAUUGGAAAAGGUGUUCACCUGUACUAUGUUGGCGGAGAGGUGUAUGCAGAGUGUCUCAGUGACAGCAGCAUAUUUGUACAGAGCAGGAACUGCAACUUUCAUCACGGCUUUCAUCCUACCACUGUCUGUAAGAUUCCCAGCAGCUGCAGCCUCAAGAUUUUUAAUAAUCAAGAGUUUGCGCAGCUUCUGGCUCAGUCUGUUAACCAUGGGUUUGAGGCGGUAUAUGAGCUCACCAAAAUGUGUACCAUUCGAAUGAGUUUUGUCAAGGGCUGGGGAGCGGAAUAUCACCGGCAGGAUGUUACCAGCACGCCGUGUUGGAUUGAGAUUCAUCUUCACGGGCCUCUUCAGUGGCUGGAUAAAGUCCUCACUCAGAUGGGCUCCCCUCUGAACCCCAUAUCUUCUGUUUCAUAGUUCAGAAAUAUUCUUUUCAACUAGAUUAUUAGUGGACUUGUUUUAAUUUUAGGGAAACUUUCAGUACAGAUACUGUGAGCUUACAUGGAAAACAGCUUAUUUUUUUCUACAUAAUUGUGACCAAUACAUUUGUAUUUUGUGAUGAAUCUACAUUUGUUUGUAUUAAUGUUCAUGUGAUUAACUCUCAAAAGUUAAUCUCAAAAGUGUUGUGAAAGAUGCAGAGUAAUUAUGCUCCAGUUCAGAAGUUUGGCAUUAACCUUAAACUGGAACAUACUUUUGCCUUAUUGUCUCAACGAUUUUUUUUUUACGUUAAAUUUUUUUUGAAAGAGUAAUGCAUCACAUGAUGAAAAAUUGUAAUAGUAUAAGAGGGUAUACAGUGAAAAGUCUUCCCUUUGACUUUUGAUCCGCCAGAAGCUGUACUUUUAUCAGUUUCUUUGUCCUACCAACUUUAAAAAAAGUAUAAUUCAUUGUUCUGUCAAAGCAUGUAGUAGGGGCUUAAAAGAAACUAUAAAAAAAACACUUCUAUUUGAAGGAACACUAUGCACUGCUCUAACAAGUAGUGUUCAGUAAAAACAAAGCGAUAGUUUUCUAGAUGUCAUAAAAUUUACAUUUACUACAGCUAAGUGUGUGUCAUUGUAUUGUGACUUCACUCAAUAUAUCUUUUGUAAAACAUUUCCUUUUUUAAAAAAAAAUAUUGCCAACAAUGGAUCUCUAGUAUAUGUCAUUUACUCAGAAUCUGUCAUAAGUACUACUUUAUAGCUAGUGACAGUGCAUGCACGGCCAUGUUCAGCCACGUUUGCUGCUUUUGGCCAGUGUUGCGAGAACUCUAAUUUUGACAUGCAUUAAUCUUUUAUUUUGCACUUUGAUGGGUGACAGUUUUUAAUGUAACCUUUUGUGAAACACACUCAAGUGACUUCGACUUAAAUGCUCAUUCUUACUUCUUUGGUACCCCUUUUGUAUUAACAAACACUGCAAUUUAUAGAUUACAGUUGUAGGAAGUUACGCUUUUUUCUAGCUUUUGUUGUAUUUUCAGUGUAGUUUAUAAGACUGUUAUUCUCUAGCUCCAACUUAAGGUGCCUUUUUAAUUCCAGUUUUAUGGAUGUUAUUCAUGUUGGAAAACUGUGCACUUCAUCCCAGUGCUCUUAUUUGCCUCAGUCUCUCCACGCAAGGCCCUGUGUACCGUAGCCAUAAGGGCCUCCUCAGCCUGGCCCCAAGGAUGAGGCCACUGGUCUGUUACUUAAAAGAAUCAGCCGUGGUUGCUGAGAUAGCUGAUCUUAAAACAUUCACAUAGCAGAGAAUGCCACCUGUUCUCUCAGUUACCAUUGCUCUGUCUUCUUCCAUCUUUAAGCACCUCUGUGAAUGCUGGUCUCCCAGAAUACAGCCCUCAGAGAGAAAAGACGUGCAAACUCUAAAAUAUCGAUUUAAACCAAUCAUGCUUAAAAGCUUUGGGUAGAGGGCUCAAUCCUUUUUCUAGGGGGCAGUCAGAUGGACUCUUAGUUAUGGCAUGAGAACAAAGACAUUAUUUUCAAAAAAAUGAUCUGAUUUACUUAUCUGAAGAAUCUUCUGGUGCCUUUUGUAAGUAUAUGGAGCCAUGUUAGUCUUCUGUUUAAAAUGUUAGUUUGGUUUGACUUUCUACCUUGCCCUUUCUGCUUUUAUGAGGAAGAAAAUGCAUAUUUUGAUAAAAGGAGAAUGCGAUUCCUUUUGUUUUCUGUGACAUUAUUUAUUGCUUUUACAAAGUGCAGCCAAUGGAUGGUUUGAGUUCUUUCAGAUGAAGUGCCGUGAGUGUUUCAGCACACAGCCCUUUGCUGGGUAAAAGAAUACUUUCUGACAGUCACCUGAGCCUUACACAUGUUGUACUUGAUAUGCAUUCUCAAUCUUCCAGAGCUGUAUCAGCCACGUGAAAGAGGACGUUAUUUGCUUAGUGAUAGAACAGUUUUUAUUUACAUCUUUCUUUUACUCACCGGGCUCAUGGCACAAUCUUUGGAAUGAAUUUGUGGGAAAAAAACUACCCAGCUUGAAUGACAGAUACAUGUAAUCAACUUCAGUGGGCUUGAACUGGUGGAAACUAUUGAAUUGUUUUAUUGAUGCUCUCAAUUGAUUUAAUUAAAAUUUAUUUUUAUUCAUGUCACUUAUAACUUUAAUGUUAUAAGCAAGAUUUUAAGUGAUUGGCCUUUUCUGUGUUUUCUCUGUGGAAUUGAGUCUCACGAGUGAUGGUGCUGAAGCUGUUAACUGUUAAGCGUUUCAUGAAGUAUAAGCCUGUUGCAUUUCCUAAAAGUUGUAAACGCCACACCCUUGGGUUCUAAAUGAAAACAAUUUAGCUGCUUCUAUGAUUUCUGAGGAUGCCCAAAAUCUAUGGAUGGAAAAUAAAAAUUGCCAGUAAGA